AUGAAUCAAGUCAAUAUUUUUAUGUGUUUUCAUCCUGCAGCAAUGUGUGAAAUGUUUAUGCCAUUCAAUCGAACAUUAAUUGUAAUUGCGUCUACUCGUUAUGAAUUAGGACGAUACGGAAAAGAAGAAUGGAUUAAUUGGAAUAAAAAUCUUCAGAUCAUAGCCGCAAAUCCUCGCAAUGUUGUAGCUGGUAAUAAUUUGUAUGAUGCUGAAUAUAUACGAUAUUUUACUGGAAUUAAAGCGAUCGUCUUACCAUCCUUAUGUGCUUAUACGAAUGUGUCAUAUGCACCAAAAAUUAAAAAACCAUUUCUUAUCACCCCUAUACAUGGAAAAGAAUUUCCGAUUGAAUUUACAUUAAAUCUAACAAACGCUUUACAACGUCUCAAAGUCUCUAUAAAUGUGAGUCAUUUACGAGAAGUAUACAAAGAUCGUUAUGAUUAUUCACAACUUAUUCAACAUCCUGGAAUAAUUUAUGUUCCAUAUCAAGUAUCUUUGAUGAGUUUAUUUGAACAAUAUAGAAUGAAUAUUCCAUUAUUUUUUCCAUCACUUGAUCUUCUUACUGAAUGGCAUUAUAAAUAUCAUGUUGUUAGAGAACGAACUUGGGGUGGAAUAUUUGAAAGCUUAAAGAAUUCUUCUAUUCUACCAGGUGUUUUAAAUUCGAAUAUUCCUGAUCCAAAUAAUGAAUUUGAUCGCGAUGCAAUUCGUUAUUGGCUUAAAUUUUCUGAUUUCUAUCAAUGGCCAUAUAUAACUUAUUUCAAUUCUAUUGAUGAUCUUGUUAUAAAACUAAAUAAUACUAAUCUUAUGGAGAUCAGUGAAAAUAUGAAAGCACAUAAUACUAUAGUAAAAAGAAAGUUACAUGAACAAUGGCGUCAAAUACUUGAAAAAAUUAAUUAA